AUGUCGGAAUACUGGAAAUCAACACCGAAAUACUGGUGCAAGCAUUGCAGCACCUAUGUCAAAGACACCCCUUUCGAACGCAGACAGCAUGAGGGAACCACCAAGCACCAAAACAACCUGAAGCGAUUCCUUCGUGACAUUCAAAACAGCCAUGAGCGAGGUGAGCGGGAAAAAGAACGUGCUAAGUCAGAAGUCGAGAGACUGAAGGGAGUUGCUGGUGGUGACUCUGGCACGUCCGUGAGCCCUUCACAAUCAUCCUCGAAACAGAGCCGUCCUUCCGCACAGAACCCUCAGUCUGCUGCAGAUCGGAAAAGACAAUGGGCGCAGCUGGCCGAGAUGGGGAUCAAAAUCCCUGAAGAAUUCCGUUCUGAAAUGGCUAUGGUGGGUGACUGGCAGGUGGUGUCACAACAGGUGGUUGAUGAGACCCCAUCAGAAGCCCCUCUGAGUAUAGGUGUCAAAAAGCGCAAAUACGAAGGUCAGGAGGAAGAUGAAGAGGAGAAGCAUGAAGCUGGCGAGGCUGUCGUUCGACGGGGAUGGGGUGCUACCACCAAAAAAUAUCCCGGUGAGGACAAAGCUGACCUGGAUGAACUCUUGUCGGGUUCAAUCUCAUUGAAGAGAGAAACGCCCGGGUCCUUGAGUACGCAAUUUCAAUCGGGAGAGAAGGACUCUUUGCAGGCGGGACACAAGCCAGUGCUCAGCCAAGAUGGACAUCAAGGUGGAGAUUAUACCUCACCGAAGGUGGAAUCUUUCUCCAAAAACCGCCCGGACGAAGAUGGACUGGUGGUGAAAGAGGAGCCAGGCUCAACACAACCAUCCAAGUCUAUGGACCGAAUCCCAGAGGAGAUUCCGGUUCCUGUGUUCAAGAGACGUAAGGCUAAAAUAUCCUGA